GUUAGAGGUGAGGCUUCAUCCCUGCAGUGACAGGUUCAGUGUGAGAUGAGAGUUCAGACGGGAGAAGAGGUACACUAAGUGAAGAUGUACGUGAGUUACCUUUUGGAUAAGGAGAGUGGGAUGUACCCCAACACUGUGCGACACCCGAGCCUCAACCUCAACCCUCAGAACUUCGUCCAGGCCACUCCUCAGUACACGGAUUUUACUGGAUAUCACCCUCAUCAUCAUCAUCAUCCUCAUGUCCCCGGCUUUAAUGACGCUAACCAGACCAGCUCGGCUUAUCCUCCUCCUCCUGCCCAUCCUGCCCCUGUUCCCACACGGGAUGACUGGACCCCUUAUGCCUCCUCGGUAGGCCCAAACCCAUCCUCCAACCUGGGCCAGAUUGGGUUCGGGCCUCCCGACAUCCCUCCAUCCAACCUGCAGCCUUCAGCUCUUCUUCAUCCCUCCAUCAGUUCAUCGUCAUCAUCAGUUGCUCCACUUUCGCCCAGUGAGCAGCGCAGGAACCCGUACGAAUGGAUGCGCCGGAGCGCCACACCGCUUGCCAACCCGGGAGGAAAGACGAGGACGAAGGAUAAAUACCGCGUGGUUUACACGGAUCAUCAGCGUCUGGAGCUGGAGAAAGAAUUCCACUACAGUCGCUACAUCACCAUCAGGAGGAAGGCGGAGCUUGCCACAGCCCUCAGCCUAUCAGAGAGACAGGUGAAAAUUUGGUUUCAGAACCGACGUGCCAAAGAGAGGAAAAUAAACAAAAAGAAGCUGCAGCAGCCGCAGGCGUCCACAACCACACCGACUCCUCCGAGCUCCAACAUCACGAGCAGCAGUGCAGGUCUGGUGUCGUCCUCAAUGCCCAUGAGCAUUAAAGAGGAGUACUGAGGAAAGACAAACAACAACACACAUGAUGUUUCACCUUCUGAGUCAUUCUGGACACCAAAAAACUCCAAAGGACAUUUUGGAGCUUUACAAACAGGAUCACAAUAAAUCACUUACAGAAGAACUCUAUAACUACCUAUAACACUGUUGUGAAGCACGACUUAGUCGUCUGUGUGUCUGUGGAUAAAACUGCGCUAGAUCCCACAAGUCUGAAUUAUCUGUAAAUGCUUCUGAUUGAAACGUUAAAAACCUGAUAAAUGUAAAUCUUAAACAUAAUUUGUAUUAAAAAUGUUUUGUUUGUGAAA